CGAUCACUCUCCUGGGGUUCGGUUAUUUCUCUGUUACGAAAUUUUCAGUUUCUUCUCCUUUUCUCUUCUUCUUCCACAACUCCUCAACAACUCUCUCUCUCUCUAGAGAUUCAACUAAUUCCGAUCUGACUUCGGAGUUCGAAUUCCGGCGGAUGAGCUUCAGAUCCCGGCGUUCGCUUCCACCUUUUGUCUAAUUCCGUGAGGAAGGCCAUGUGAGCGGUUUUGAGCUGAUUGUUAUUAUUGCUUCAAUAGUUGGCAUUUGAUGAUCAGUUCUUUUAGUAUGAUGACCAUGGGAAAAUGCAAAGGUUGUGGGAAAUUAGGAAGAAUGAUGCCAAGGGGUGGAUCUGUGAAUGCGUAUCAAUUUGCCCUUCAGUUGUCUCCUGUUGUUUCUGUCUGGGAUUGCAUCGUACGCAAAAUGAGGUAUUCUUACAGACCUGAGUGGGUGUAGUUGUGAGGAUCAUAGUAGUAUAUUAGUUUUCAACAAGAAAAUUAAUUGAAUUUUAUUUAGAAAUAUAGAAAACUAAGGGGACAUAGUUAUAGGGAAAAUGUAUACACUUUAGAGGAAUUUCAAAGUAAGUUAUAACAAAGUGAGCUGUUUAGAGGUUGUUAGUCUCAAUGGAUAAAAUGGAGUGUAAUAAAGUGCAACCUGUUAUGAGAAAAGUUAAGAAGAAGCAGGUGAAGGAUGAGUUGGAUCGUCAGAAACAGGCUGAGAAAAAGAAGAGACGCUUGGAGAAAGCUCUUGCUACUUCAGCUGCCAUCAUCUCUGAACUAGAAAAGAAAAAACAAAAGAAGAAAGAAGAGCAACAAAGGCUUGAUGAAGAGGGUGCUGCAAUUGCCGAGGCUGUUGCCCUGCAUGUUCUAGGGGAUGAUGACUCUGAUGACAGGUGUGAAAUAGUUUUGAACAAAGAUGAAGUGCUCAUGUCCUGGGAUUGUCCAGGUGAUAUUGACUUGUUUAUGGGUGGAGCCAGGGCUUGCUAUCCUUAUCAGGAUUCCGCAAGGUGUUCACUUGAAGGGAUGGGGUGGGGAUCUAAUGCUUACAGAUCAGGGUUCAAGUGGGGUGGUUUGGGGAACAGUGAAUGGUCGUUCUCUACUGGGCCUUAUGGAAGGGAUUACCACAGUUCUUCAUUUUGCCAGGAAGCAGGUUGGGUGCCAACAGGAUUUGCUGCUGAUCUCUUCGCGGCACAGGCUGUUUCAUCUCUCCAGAUUGCAGAGGAUUCACAUGAAGGCACAAUUGUGCUUGAUGGAAUGCUAAGACGGUAGAUGACAUCUGAGUCAAAUGUUCAUGUUAUUGUAAACUAGCAUGGGUUGUAUUACCAAUAAUAAUGUUCUGUAUAUAAUCUUGCGAAUGUUUGCUUUCAUGAGAUACACCAACUCUUCCUCAGUUUGAUCAAUGUAUCAGAGCCAUGCGCUCUUAAUUUUCUUUUUAUAAUUUCUCGGAGGCUGCACAGUUCCAAGAGCAGCACU